AUGAGCUCCAACUUUGGAGAAGGCCAGGAAGGCGGCACUAACGAGGAUGUGGAGGCGGAUGAGGCAGUACGCAAUGCUGAGGCCAGGCUGCAGAAUGAGCUUGAAGAAGAGGAGAUAGACUACGGAGACUAUGUCGAGCCAGGGGAGGAGGAGCAAGAGCUAGUUGAGGAGGAUGAGGCCCUACCAGAGAAUGGCGACCUGGAGAAUAAUGGGGAACCGGCUGAAGAGAUCGCGGAUGAAGAUUAUGCACAACUUAGCAGGGAGGUUAUAGAUGAAGCUGAAGUCCCAGGAACGCCAGUGGAAGACGUUGGACCAGAUGCCGGGCCAGCAACACCUAAUGCGAAGAGUCCACUCGCGAGCCCUGUUGAUUCUGGAUCUAUACCGGACGAUACGCCCUCCCUGCGAGGUUCAUUGAUGUCGUCACCGGGAAGGACUCAGUCCCCGCGCAAAACAGUACCACGUACUCCCUCAGGAGCGUUGCAGCCAUUUGAGCGUCGAUUCGAGACCCGACUAUCUGCGUCCCCAGCCGGAUCCCCACGAGCACAGUCGCCAGCGUUUCUGAGUCCGCGGUCCAGACAGAUAUCUCUCACUUCACGACUUUCCGGUGUGUCCUCUCAAGAUGAAGAUUCCGGAACCGAGACUCCACAGGCCCCUUGGGAAGUCGUUCGGUGGACGAAAUUGCGGAAGAUCACAGGACAGGCGUUUUCUGAGGCUGGCAAGCGCAACUUUGGCCGACCUACGUGUAUGGCUGUCUCUGCUCUGAUUGCUAUAGGGACUUCUAAGGGGUUGAUCCUGGGAUUCGAUUACCAUCAGACCUUGAAGAUCAUCAUAGGACAGGGGACGAAGGCGACCGAGUGCGGUUCAGUCACGGCCAUUGCCAUCGCGGCUGACUACUCUACCAUAGCAAGCGGCCACGCGAAUGGACACAUUUUCACAUGGGAGAUCAAUCGGCCUUCACGGCCCUUCAUACAGGUCCCGCCACUAGAUCGAAGUGUUCUUCAGGAACCUCAACAUGUUGAUGGGCAUCUCUCAAACUCGGCGAUCCUCCAUCUCGGAUUCUUGGGCACAAGGCACACUGCUUUGGUAUCAGCGGAUGCAGGAGGGAUGGCCUUUUCACAUAUCGCAAGCCGAGGGCUGGGACCUGUUACGAGGACUAUCAAAAGCACGCGAUUACUAGGCCGAUAUCCACCAGCGGAUCCAAACGUUGAAGCACCGAAGAAGCCCAGUUCUGUGCUUGCAUUUUCGCCCUUGCCUCUUGGUAACGUCGAGCAGGCAACGGAUGGGAUGGGGUUGACGGCGUUACUUACUCCCUAUCUCCUCGUCAUUGUCUCGACUAUGCCAAUCGCGCAAACCCAACAUAAAUCUCCACGGCCGAAAGAGAUAUCACCGCACAGCACACUUAGUGGGUGUCUGGCUUGGUUUCCGGCCGUGAAGCUGAAGAGCACGAGCGUUGAUGCAGAAAAGGGCAACUCGGACACCAAGCUCGUAUACUGCUGGUCGAAUGUCUUGACCAUCCUUGAAGUCAAGGUCAUCGAAAAUGAAAAGUCUGCCGAUUCCCAGAAGCCGCCGUCACUGGAGUUCCAUGCACGAAGCCGAUGGCGAGCGGAAGAAGCUAUUGUGGCCAUCCAAUGGCUCGGUCGAUCGGUCAUGGCUGUGUUGACCAUCAGCCAGCGACUCCUGAUCGUCGAGGACGGUAGUUUGCAGGUGACGGACUCCAUCGACUUGCUACAUCGGCACAUAUAUCACCAGGAUCUCUUCUCGCACCAACUCCACACUAUCGUAGAACGGCUUGACUCUGAAGAUCCGUCUUUGCAUGGCGUGGUCGCAGAUGCUUUUCACAUGAGCUUCAAGGUGUACAAGGGCAGAACGUUCCUCCUCGGCUUCAACGAUCUCACCGUGGGCACGCUUUCGAACUGGGCAGACAGACUGAUGGCUUUGAUGGAAGCUGGUGAUCACAUUGCAGCAAUACGACUUGCUACAGAUUACUAUUCGGGAAGCGCAAACAACGUGACCAUUGGCUUAGCGGACAAUGACCAGGCACGACAUGACAUGGUUAGGGAGCGACUUCUGGCCAUGAUAUCCGCAUCGCUCAACUACACCUUCUCUCAACAAGACGAUGAACGGCCGAUACGAUUACGAGAACUUGCUGAGGUAUGCUUCGAAGCAUGUGUCAACAUGAAAGAGACAAACUAUCUGUUUGCAGAUGUGUUUGAAUGGUUUCAAGAAGCGGAGGAAGAGUCGAUCUUCAUUGCCACGCUAGAGCCUUAUGUCCUGGAUGGUGAGGUCAAUGUGCUGCCUGCAGAGGUGGUGAAGGCGCUUGUUGCUCACUUCAUCGGCGAGAACCAAGGUCCACGGCUAGAGGAGUUGCUGUUUCGACUAGACCCGCUCUCAUUUGACUUGGAUCAAGUGACGACACUCUGUCGACAGCAUCAGCUUUAUGAAGCCCUCAUCUACAUCUGGACACAGGCACUCGGCGACUAUGUGACGCCAUUGAUCGAUCUACUCACGCUGGUGAAGAUGCUGCAGGCUGGUGAUGAGGAGGAAGAUCUGACUGACAAUCCGUUCUACGAGUCUGCCAUGAAAGUCUUUCCGUUUCUCGCUUACUCGUUGACGGGAAGACGGUACCCCAGUGGAGAUCUGAUUGAGGAUCAACAGGCCUUCCAAGCAAAGACAGAUCUCUACGAUUAUGUCUUCUCAGGCACGCCUGUUCCAUGGCCGCAAGGAAGCAGCAAGGUCUUUCAUACCACGGUUGACCCUGAUGACGAGCCUGCAUUCCCAUAUCUCGAUCUGCUGCUUCAAUUCGAUACUGCGAGCUUCAUGAGCAUGCUAAACGAGGCUUUCGAAGACCCAUUUCUCAACGAAGAUGAUGAUUCUGGAUUGAACGGGACAAUCCUCACGAACGGAGCUUCGACCCACAAGAAGAGUCGACAGCAGAUCAUGUCGUACCUUCUCGAUGUCAUGAAGCAAGGUGAAUUCGAACCCACUCAAGUCAUUUACUUGGACAUGUUUGUGGCACGCAGUCUGCCCAAGUAUCCUGGACAGCUCAUUCUGUCUGGAGCACUGCUGAAUGGCAUCCUUCAACGACUGUGCCAUCCACCACAAGAGUCAUUGCGAGAGGACUGCCAGCUGAGUGUGGAGUACCUCCUGUCAGCCUAUCAUCCUCCAAAUGUACCUGCCCUCAUCGACUCAUUACGAGGCGCGAGGUUCUUCCGGGUGUUGAAAUCCGUCUAUCGCGGUGAGCGCAUGUUCACCGAACUUCUGGAGACCUAUUUUGAGGAUCCAGAUGACAAAGAGAACGUUUUCGAUUGCAUCACCACAUGCUUCCGGCCCAGCACAGCGCUCAGCCAGAGGCAAGUCCACUCGGUGAAACAAGUCAUUUCGAGACAUGCCGAAGACCUUGUGGAUAUCAACACAGUCCUCACAGCUCGGACAUUGGCGGUUUCGGCUCCAGACUUACUACAGUCUACUAUCGAUACGCUGAACGACUCGCAUCAGCAAUUCAUCUUCUUGCGGGUGCUCUUGGAGCCCUCGCUCCUUCGACAUGAGCAGGCGCCGACUUCAACCCUUCCAGCGGACCAGCAAUCUGCCUUCACCGAGCAGUAUGUACGGCUGAUGUGUAGCCACGACCCGAUGCACGUCGCAGACUACAUCAAGACUCUUCCUACCGGUGACUUGCGUCUUGAACAGGUACUGCCAGCAAUGGAAAGCAGUGGUGUCAUUGACGCCGCUGUAGCGCUCCUUGCGAGAGACGGAUUAGCUCGAGACGCCAUGGAUCGUUUGGUGGCUCAUAUGCAAAGUCUUCAGGGUGCAUUGACGAGCUUGAUUGAUGCGGCCACGUCCAAUUCCGACGUCACAGCCUCUCAAGAGCCAUGCGAUGACCUCGUUGAGGACUUGGAGAGAUACACCAAAGUCGGCAUCUGGCUAUGCCAGGGCCAGACGGCCACAACUCACCGACGACCACGACCUCGUACGAACAUUGCCUGGGAUAUCAAUGAGAAUGAUCUCGACCUGGAUGAGUUCUUGUGGUUGAAUCUUGUCGAUGUCGUCGUGCAGGUGGCUCAACACUCUAUAUCUUCGCUGAAGCACUUCGACAGCCAGCCUUCAGAACAUGCGUCAGAGUCUAUCGAUUCUACCAAGAUUGCAUCAGCACUGCGAUCUCAGGUCCAGCAAGCCUUUACCGCACUGAUGGCAUCGACUGCAACGCCAAGUAUCAGGAGCAAGGAGGAGGAUGCCGAGCAUUCCAAACCGCAAACUGAUCAUCAAGGCUUUCUACGUGUGCUUCGCGCCUUUCUCGCAAGAGCAGCAAAAUCUGCGCCCUCGCUGGCAGAUCUACGUGCAGUACUGUCAGACAUUUUCUCAGCCUACACGUUCGAGCAGGGCGUCUUGACCCUCGCACACGACUUGCUAGGCUCAGACGUCUUUGUAGACAUUGAGAAAGCAAACAAACUUCGACAACGAGGCUGGAGACCACGAACACAAGUCUGCGAACAAUGCAAACGUCGCGCAUGGGGACCUGGUAUCGGCGAAGUAGUGUGGGAUGAAUGGGUAGCUCGAGAACAAGAGCGCGAAGCAGAGAAGACGAGAAAAAUGCUGGAGCGAAGCGGUGGGCAAGAAGCUCGACGAAUGUCGCGCGGAAAAGCGAAAGCGCCCGCGUCGAUGGUGGCGGAGAGGGACGCCAGCGACAGCGAAGAAACGCGCCGGCUGGCGCUGGUGGUGUUUGCGUGCCGCCACGUCUUCCACCGGGUGUGUCUCGACCAUGAUUACAGGGACGGAAAGACACUGCCGCGCCAAAUGUAUAAAUGUCCAUUGUGUACAGAGCAGCAGCAGCAGAAAUGA